GUUCGUUCGUCAGAGAAGACGCUCUUCUGAUGUCACUGAGUCCCGGGGGCGACACCGGUCUGCUGCUAUAUAAUCUCCACUGCUCGCUUGAUGAAGGCAGCGCACUGAACCAGAAACCAUCUAAAGAAAACAAACACCGAACAAACAAACAUGGUGAAGAUCACUUUCGUGCCGGUUUCGGCGCAGAAGCCUGAAAAAGAAAACGAUGUGGACAAGAUCAUUAUACCCCAGGCUCACGAGCAGCUGGUUCUCCCUGUCACCUCCAAGAAGCAUUUUCCAACCGGCCUCUGCUGCCUCACUUUUGGCCUGGUGGUCUUCAUGUCGGGACUGGUUCUGGCCUCCAUCUACGUCUAUCGCUACUACUUUAUACCUCAGCAGAUCCCAGAGGACAGCUUGUUCCACUGUCGGGUCAUCUACGAGGACUCUGUGUUCGCUCCUUUGAGGGGUCGCCAUGAACUGGAGGAGAAUGUCGGCAUCUACCUUGAUGAUAACUAUGAGCAGAUCAGCGUACCUGUGCCACACUUUGGAGGUAGUGACCCUGCAGAUAUCAUCCACGACUUCCAAAGGGGCCUUACAGCUUAUUACGACAUUGCUUUGGACAAAUGCUACAUCACAGAGCUGAACACCACCCUGGUGAUGCCUCCACGGAACCUGUGGGAGUUGCUCGUCAAUGUCAAGAGAGGGACGUACCUUCCUCAGACCUACAUCAUCCAGGAGGAGAUGGUGGUGACAGGGAGGGUGAGGAGCAUGAGGCAGCUGGGACCCUUCAUCCACAGGCUCUGCUAUGGCAAAGAAACUUACCGCCUCAGACGCCGCAACCAGCGCAGACGUAUUGAUAGGCGGGAGACAAAGAGGUGUCACAGCAUCCGUCACUUUGAGAACACAUUUGUGGUUGAGACAGUCAUCUGUGACAGAGUCUGAAACUGGGGCGGAAAUCACAGCUAUCCAACACUGAAGCCAACUCUAAACCAUACCUCUUGAAUUCUUUAGGCUUUCAAAUGCACUUUAAGAGCAGGUUUUGUCCAACAGUUUUAGUUACUGUCUGUUGUUUCUUUUUGUCUCAAGUUUGAAAUGCUCUGUAAUUGUUUGUGUAUGAUAUUGAUGUCUUUUUUUAUUAAGAGUCUGUAUAUUUGGAUGAUGUCUUCAAUGUUUGAAUAUAUAUGUAGACUGUCAAAUGUGAAUACGAUUUUACUGUUCAAUUGUCUGUUUGAGACUUUUUCAUCACAAAACUUGAUUUUGUUUGAUUUAAAAAUUUUAUGUUGGACUUGUUUUUUAUUUUAAUUUUGUAUGCCGGUGCUCUGUGGCUGAAGCUGCUUGCACUCUGCAGUCAUGUUACUUUUGAUUUCUUUGUUGAUAUUUUGUUUUGAAUGUCAGAUAAUGGCAAAACAUACCUCAUGUAGUUUAGACAUUUCUUUGCUGGUUUAUAUCAUUAAUGAACGUUGUACAUAACUUUGAUUGUUCUGAAGCAAUAUCUACUGUACAUUAAUUUUGAACAUACUACUACAUGCAUAGAUUUUUAUCUGAAAUCGACUCGUUUGGGAAUGUUAAGUUCUUUAAUGUUUGUCUUUUUAUUUCCUUGUGUCACAUUUGCCUACUCGUUGGAUAUAACGGCUUUAGACUGUAAUUAGUAGCAGCUUCAGAGGGACAGAAGGAACCAAAGUCUGUGGUCAGAAAUGCUAUGCUUACUGUAAAGGACAUAUGAAAUAUUUAGAAGGAAUGCUUUUUACUGUAGAUGAAAUCAAAGGCUGAACUCAUUUCUUCUUGCUCAUCUUCCUCUUCCUCCAGAUUUGGCUGUUGUCUUUAGCUUUUGCCUUUUCUAGACCCUUCUAUAUCGGCAUUAUAAUCCCUCUAUCAAUGUUGAUUCAUCCCAACUUAAAUAAGAAAGGCUUGGGGUGUUCUUAUGUAAAACUGGAAGCAAAUAAGUCUCUGUUGAGAGAGACCUGUGGUCUAUGCUCAUAUUCAUUGUCCUGGAACUCCUAUUCUGAUGUACAGUCGAUUUUUCUUGUAAUAUCUUGCUGCUUUAAAAAUAAAUGAGAAAACCAAUUUA